GAAGGGCAAGGUCAGGUGAACCAAGAGGCUCGAAGGGUCUUGCUUCAUCAGGACAGUCAUCCGGUUUCCUCCAGUCUCUGCCAGGAUUCCGGGGGCUUAAAGGAAUGAGUCAUGGGGGGGAUUGGGGAGUUCCCAGCUACCCAGUUCAGAACAGGAACCUGGGAUGGUGCCUAUCACAGUGUGGGCUGGGGACAGGAGGCAAGACCCCCACGUCCUUAUCUCAGGCUCCAGCCCCUCUGAAGGGCACUCAGGGAGGCAGGUGCCUGGGAAUUUGAGGGAUAGAAACGGGAGCACCUAGCUUCUUCCUUCUCAGAGCUGGGGCCGAGGGAGCAGGUGGCUUGAGAGUCCCAAGAGAGAGUGGCAAAGGGGGCUUCAUGGGGACAUGUGCCCGGGGAGGGAGGGAGGGCCUGCCUCUGCCCUGAGUUCUGACCUUACUCCAGCCCCCAAGGCCUCUAUCACUGGCUCAGCUUUUGUUUAGCGGUUCAAACACCCUGGGGCAAUGCAGGCCUGGGUGGGGCUAGGGGAGGAAGGGAGCCCGAGGGGGACCAGACGUCAAAGAAGAAUCAGAGAUUCCACAAUUUCACAAAACUUUCGCAAACAGUUUUUUUUUUUUGUUUUGCCCCAACCGCCCUGCAUUGUCCUGGACAACAAAUUUGCAUAAGUCUUGGGAAGUUAUUACUAAGCCUUAGUCGCAGCACCAGGUAAUUUCCUCCCAGGCCUCUAUGGGCUUAUGUAUAAAGGCCCCCAGAUCUGGUCCCUGACAGAGCCCAGAACCUACAGACCCACCCAGACCCUCGGCUGAGCCUGCUGCCCAGAGCCCCAUGAAGCUGAUGGCCCUGCAGCUGCUGCUCUGGCACAUUGCACUCUGGAUGGUGCCCGAAGCCACCCCUCUCAGCCCUGCCAGCUCCCUGCCCCAGAGCUUCCUGCUCAAGUGCUUAGAGCAAGUGAGGAAAAUCCAGGCUGAUGGCGCCGAGCUGCAGGAGAGGCUGUGUGCCACCCACAAGCUGUGCCACCCCCAGGAGCUGGUGCUGCUCGGGCACUCUCUGGGCCUCCCCCAGGCUUCCCUGAGCAGCUGCUCCAGCCAGGCCCUGCAGCUGACUGGCUGCCUGAACCAACUGCACGGCGGCCUCGUCCUCUACCAGGGCCUCCUGCAGGCCCUGGCGGGCAUCUCCCCAGAGCUGGCCCCCGCCCUGGACAUACUGCAGCUGGAUGUCACCGACUUAGCCACCAACAUCUGGCUGCAGAUGGAAGACCUGAGGAUGGCCCCGGCCUCGCUUCCCACCCAGGGCACCGUGCCGACCUUCACCUCGGCCUUCCAGCGCCGGGCAGGAGGGGUCCUGGUUGUCUCCCAGCUGCAGAGCUUCCUGGAGCUGGCGUACCGUGUCCUGCGCUACCUCGCCGAGCCCUGAGCAGAGCCCUCCCCUUCCGGUGUAUUUAUCUCUAUUUAAUAUUUAUGCCUAUUUAAACCUCAUAUUUAAAGCCCGGGGGGGACAGAAAGGAGUCCCAGUCUCCUGGGUCCUUCCCUUCUCCUCCAAGUUUCAUUCUCCCGCCUGUAGCAGGGAGAAAAAUGCCCAUCUUCCCGUCCCCUGGACUGGGAGGUAGUUGGUAAAUACCAAGUAUUACAUCCGGUGACUGCUCCCUGCCUGGCUCCGCGGUGGGCACUGAGUGAACCCCUACCCUAAGGGUGCCCACCUGGGGCCUUGGAAGCAUCGGGAAGUCUCCCACGUGGGAGACAAGACAGCCCUGUUUAAUAUUUAAACAGCAGUGUUCCCCGACUGGGUCCUAGCACCCCUCCCUCUUGGCCCCUGCUGCCUCCCCGCGCCCCCUUCGCCCCCUUUGCAAUGGGCUUCCUGGCAGAGGCAGCCAGAGCUGGGACGGACUGGGACACUUGACCCUGGGGUCCCGCGAAUUUGCUGGGGAAUCUCAUUUUCCUUCUUAAGAUUUUUUCCUUCCGACACGUUUUGACCCCUCGCGUGGGGAGCCCAGGCAUCAGGGCCGCCUCUUGUUUUUCUGGACGCGCUAUAGACACCAUCAGGCUCGUGACGCCGCCCCACCCUGCCGGGGUCGGGAUCCGGACUCCCUUUAGGGCCGGGCGGACGGUCAUGGGUCAUGUCUCUGCCUUGCUGGACGGGACUGGGACGGUGGGAGGGAAGAGCCGCCGAGGGGUGUGAGAGGGACGCUCGGCUGUUCACCUUCCACCUCUGCCCCCACUUUCUCGCUGGAGCCAAACUUCACGAUAAUAAAGUGUUUGUCUCAGUAAA